UAAAAAUUCAUACUAUUCCUUAUUUGUUUCCUGGUUGUGUCUGGCUGUGUGUGAUAAAGUGAUACUCUAGAGUAUUGUACAUACUGCACAGUACUCUAGAGUACCACUAGAGGACGUCUAAACACUGUCUAAUCUCAGUCCUACACAUCCAGGUUGCAAACACCACAGACAAAUAAAUAACCACUGAUAUGAAAGAAAUGAAUUGACUUAGACAGACAUUCGACAGUAGAUGUAACAAAAAAGGUACGGGUGAUUUAUCACUUAAGCAUUAAAUGUUUCAAAUUGGGUUUUAUUUCUUAUCAAAAUGUACCUCCGUGGGAAUUAUUCUUUGAGACAGAUGUCAAAACAGAGUAUGUUCACACCCAAAUAUGUGUACUUACUUUCUUUCUAAAGACAAACGGUUAUCUGCUGACAUGAUGCACCAAAAGAGUCUCUGAUGGACACUGGUACUCAACGCAUCAGACAUGAGCCUCCAGGUUUGCAACUGCUGUGGCUGGUCCAAAUCUACGACCUACCAUGGCCUGAGAACCCACCAGGGGAAGAUGGGAUGCACGCCGAGGGGAAUGAGUAUCCCUGAAAGUGACCAAUUCAGAUUUAACAGUUACAUUCCUACAUUGACCUUCAUGGAACCUCCAAUCAAAGUAGAAGAUCCUUUGAUGAAUAUCGUCACCUCUUCUUACAAGUCUGACUUUUCAUCAGACAUGAGCCUCCAGGUUUGCCACUGUGGUUGGUCCAAAAUGACGUCUUACCAUGGACUGAGAACUCACCAGGGGACGAUGGGAUGCACGCCGAAGGGAAUGAGGAUCCAAGAGAGCGAACAGUACCGCUGGGGAAAUCACUGGGAAGGAUCUCCUCCAAAGGACAGUGGACCAUUUAACUGGAUUACUCCAGUCAAGAAGGAGGUUACGUUUUCAAACCUCACCACCCCAAAGAUGUCUGCAGACACAGAAACUGCACUAAAGAUGCUCAAAUCAAUGAUGGAAAAUGAACAGCAAUCUCUGCAAACGGUCACAUACUCAGACCAAACUCAUCGAGCGCUUGAUUUCGCCAGUGGUGCACAGGUACAGCCUUUGCUGAUGCCGGUGUCUAAGAUCCUCAGCACCCAAGCAAAUCCCACAGCCGCAGAAGUCACAGCGAAGCAGACCAACAAAUCACUGUUUGAAACUCCACAGCACUUCAGCACAACACAUCAAACCACCACCAACGCUCGUCGAGCGCUUGAUUUCUCCACCAGCGCGCAGCAGGUGGGGCAACUGGUCUGGGGUCUUCCAACAACCACAGUUCAGGAAACAGCAGUCCCACCAAAUGACACAGAAAAGGAGAAGGAGAGAGAGAAGGAGAGGGAGAUAGAGAGGGAGGCUCAAAAACUGCAAAAGGCGAGGCAAGACAGGAUGAGGGCUGAUUUACAGCUGGAAAUUCAGACAAGAGAACAAAAGAUGGCUGAAGUCACAUCAUGUGUAAAAACCUGCAAGGGCAGCUUGGAUGCUGAAUGGCUGGAGAUCAACAACGUGUUUUCAGAGGUGAUGAGAGUCGUGGAGGACACACGGCAGAAAGCGCUUCAACCUCUGGAGAAGAGGAGAAAGAGAGUGAAGAGAGAGGCACAAGAUCUAGUCCAGAAGCUGCAAAAUGAAAUUGACAAACUCAAAAAGACCAUUGAUGAGUUGGACAAAAAGCCAGACUUGCAGGUUUCUCCAGACCUGAAUAAAUAUCGAGAUUGGAAAAAUGUGACUGUUGACACUUCAUUCUGCUUCGGGUCGCUAAGAACUACAACAUCAAACAUGAUGGAAGAAAUUCACCGGAAACUGGAAAAACUCUCGUCUGUUGAACUCAAGAGGAUUCCCACAUUUGCAGUGGAUGUAAAGCUGGAUCCAGCCUCUGCACACCGGUGCCUCGUUCUUUCCCCUGAUUUGAAAACGGUGAGAGAUGGAGGAAAGAACCAGAUAGUUCCUGAUACUCCACAGAGGUUUGACACGUUCGGCAGCAUCCUGGGGCUCAACAGGUUGAACUCUGGGAAGUCGUACUGGGAGGUGGAGGUCAGCAACAAAACAGGGUGGGAUCUGGGUUUGGCAAGACGUGAUGCAAACCGCACGGGGAAACUCUCGCUGAAGCCAGAUAACGGUUACUGGGUUACGGUACAUUAUGAAGAUAAAAAGUACGCAGCCCUGACAGAACCGCCCACCAGCCUCUCACUGACGGAGAAGCCUCAGAAGGUGGGGGUGUUUGUGGAUUAUGAUGAAGGUCUCGUGUCCUUUUACGAUGUGACGGCUCGAUCUCACAUCUACUCCUUUACCGAGUGUUCGUUCAGCGGUGAGAUUUCCCCAUAUUUCAGUCCACAUCUUAAACAAAAUGAGAAGAACUCUCAUCCUCUGAUUAUCUCUCCUGUGAGGAAGCAGUAGUAGUUACUUAAAGUGCACGUGUUACCGGUGCACUGAAAGUUAGAAUGCACCUCUUCGAUAAGAAAUGUUUGAGUUCAGGUGCACAUGAUGUUUCAUGACACAACCAAAGGGUUUAGCCUAGUUACUGUAUUCAAGGGGUUUAAAGGUUGUUUACCCGAUUUUGUUCCUGUAUUUGGUUGAGGUGGGGGGUGAUUUAUUUUAUUUUCAUUUUUUUUUUUUACUUUUUUGUACAAGACUGCAACUUAUGAUUAUUUUGACGAUUCAUAUGCUGAUUAUUUUCUCAAUUAUUCGGUUGUUUGGUUUGUAAACAAUAUAAAUUAAAAUUAGGCUAUUCAAAUGAAAAUAAAGCCCUUUGUGACAUUUGGAAGCUGGAACCAUAAUGUUUUUGCAUGAAAAAUGACAAACGAGUUGCCAAGUAAUUUCCGGUCAUUCAACUAAUCAAUGAAUAAACUAAUUGGGGGGAAAAAAAUCAAUUUGUGAAGUAAUUUAAGUUGUCAAAUAAUUGUAGUGGAUUAAAAAUAGAAUAUUUUCCUCUGCAAUGUAGUGGAUGAAGUGUAGGAAAAGAAAAUACUCAAAUUAUAAGUGUCUCAAAUGUGUGCUUAAGUAUAGUACUUGAGGCAAUGUACUCAGUUACAUUUAACCACUGGUAUUUUUCUAUACUUCAUAUAAGGUCAACAUGUAAAAACAUGUAAAAAUUCUUUUCACUUCCUUCUUUACCUCUGUAUCAUGUUAAAUGUUCAACCAUUUGUGUAUCAUGUGGUUUCUGGUGUUCCUGAUAUGAAAUGACUUCUGCUUAUAUGUCUCUCUUAAUUUACCAGUUCACUGGUAUUACAAUAUUUAUUUGUAAUUUUACAACACAAGGUUGCACAAUGAAAUUAAAGGUGUAGCUCCUUUACGCUACGCACACAUAGAACAGACAUACAGUCAAAUAAAACAACAGGAUAUAUAAAGUUACUUAAAUAUAAUCCUUUUUUUCUUUUUCUUUUUUACAUUUUUCAGUUUAUUUUUCACGUUUUGGUAAUAAUAAAAGAAUAAAACCUGUUUGAUGUUGUACUUAUUGAUGUAACUGAAAGCCACACGUACUCUUCAGACCUGUUUCGUAAAAGAGCUACAAAUCAUUUCAAGUGUCCCAUAUCCAGAAACAAUUAAAAAAGAUUCAAUAAACCUUUAUUUACACUUAGCUGCAUAUAUGCAUCUCUGUUUGCCAGAUCUGACAAAUAUGAUUGCAAUCCAUCUUUGUCUUCAUUCAUUGCAGGACAUGCUGGGCUUAUUGUUCAAAAGAAAAUGAGGUAACACUUUACUUGACAGUACCGACAUAACCAUGAUAUGACACUGUCAUAACUAUGAUAUGACACUGUCAUGAAUGUGUCCUUAAACCUGACUUUAUGACUUAUAAACAAGUCAUAAACGUUUA